GAACUUCCUUUUACUAGCAAGCCAUCUUAGAAGUAAGACAAGGGCAUGUGAAAGUGAGAUAUGUCUGUACUAUGAAUGAUCAGACCCAUUAACACUACCCAACAAAAACCAGCACAUUAAAACUUCCAAAUUUACACUCUAAAACCCCAUUUGCAGUUGGUUGCCUAUUUUUUCAGUUUUGCCAAAUUCUAAUGAGCUGAGAAACACACUCAGUACACACAGCUUGUUGAAUCAAUUACAAUGGAGUCUCUGUUUCUUGCUUCUUCCUCUUCAUGUCUUUUUUCUGGUAAAAAAUAUUUGAGUAGUAGCAAUUUUAAAGUGGUUCAUACUCCAACAGCAGUUGAAGUUUCGAGGUGCAAAGCAUGGAGCUUCAUGGAAAGAUAUUCUCUUAAGAGUCAGCGUCAAUGUAUGAAGCAUCAUCUCAGAUGCAAUGAAGAAAAAUCUACAGUUUACAAGAAAAAUGAUGCCAGUUUCUUGGUGCAUGCUGCAUCUGGACAGCCCCUUGAAUCUGAACCUGAAGCUCAUAUUACGGAGAAUACUGCAAAACAUGUCCACAGUGCAUUAGAUGCUUUCUACAGAUUUUCGCGUCCUCACACUGUUAUAGGCACAGCUUUGAGUAUCGUAUCAGUUUCUCUCCUUGCAGUCCAGAAAAUGUCUGAUCUUUCUCCAUUAUUCUUGACAGGAGUGUUGGAGGCUGUGGUUGCUGCCCUCAUGAUGAAUAUCUACAUUGUUGGCUUAAAUCAGUUAACUGACAUUGACAUUGACAAGGUUAACAAGCCAUAUCUUCCAUUGGCAUCUGGAGAGUUUUCCAUUGGCACUGGUGUUUUGAUUGUUACAUCUUUCUCCAUAAUGAGCUUUUGGCUUGGAUGGGUUGUUGGUUCGUGGCCAUUGUUUUGGGCUCUUUUUAUCAGUUUUGUUCUUGGAACAGCAUAUUCCAUCAAUUUGCCACUAUUGAGAUGGAAAAGGUUUGCAUUGGUCGCAGCAAUGUGCAUCCUAGCUGUUCGUGCCGUGAUAGUUCAACUUGCCUUUUAUUUGCAUAUGCAGACCCAUGUAUUUGGAAGACCUGUUGUCUUUACCACGCCUCUAAUAUUUGCAACUGCAUUCAUGAGCUUUUUCUCGGUAGUUAUAGCAUUGUUCAAGGAUAUACCUGAUAUUGAAGGAGAUAAGAUUUUUGGAAUAAGAUCAUUUAGCGUGCGCUUGGGCCAAGAGCGGGUUUUCUGGAUCUGUAUUUCUCUGCUUGAAAUUGCAUAUGGUGUUGCUAUUUUAGUUGGAGCAGCAUCGUCCUACAGCUGGAGCAAGUAUAUCACGGUUCUGGGGCAUAUCAUCUUGGGUUCAUUACUAUGGAGCCGUGCCAAAUCUGUUGAUCUCAAGAGCAAAGCUGCCAUAACUUCCUGCUACAUGUUCAUUUGGAAGCUAUUUUAUGCGGAAUAUUUGCUGAUACCGCUUGUAAGAUGAGAAUGUUGAGAGUUGUGCAACUGCAGAUGUUAAUACAUUGCUUGAAAGUGCCUUUCUGAAGUUCCUUCAUUUCUCUUAGCAAAUAGGGAGUAGGAAGGAAAAUAGUGGCAAGCUUGUAAUUACCUUCAUAAUGCUUUGUAUCAUUAGCAGCAUUUCAAUAAUGGUAGUGUUGUAGUGUUUAAAAUUGCUGGUUUUGCAACUUUGUUCAUGCACAAUCUCCAACAAAGGUUUAAUUUGCCCUUUAAA